CCGCUAUUCUUUCCUUAUUACAGGCGCACCCAGCCAGCCCAACCGUGGGCUUUGGGAAAAGACGCAGCUAAUGCGAUCUUGCCCGACCACCAUUUUUUGUUUCUUGUGAUCUUGCUUUGUUGAUCUGCGUCACGGAUUCCUGGUCUUUGAGAGUGAAACUGAGUGUGUGAUUUUCAAGUUUCUACGGGCAAGUUUUUUUUUUAUUGUGAUCGAUUCGGGCUGCGUCGACGACGACAUGGAUUUCGUGCCAGUUUCCCCCGAGGAGGUGACCUCCUCCUGGGUCGAGAAGCUCUUCAAGGGCCUCGUCGCCCCGUUGCCCGUAAACGUGCGUGUGAUGCGAGUCAAGUUCCACCGGGCGACGAAGCCUGGAGAUAAUUUUGGAAGCUAUAUAGUGAGAUUUGUUGUGCUGCUAGUGAAGAACGGACGAGCUCAAGAAUGGAGCAUCAUCGGGAAAUUUCUCCCGAAGGCGAAAGAACUUCGAGACAUGCUGAGCGAAGGAGGCGUAUUUUUGAAGGAAGCGCAAGCCUACAUCGACUGGGCUGGUGCGAUGUUCCGACUGCCGACAAAAUCGGGUAACGUGUUGGCCCCGCCGUUGCCGCGGAUUUUCUAUGGCGCGUGUUCUUCCCGCGGAUCCUCAAUUCUGCUUGAGGACCUGACUACUGCCGGUUUCAAGAUGCUCGACAAAUUUGCGGGAUUGCCGGAACAGGAAAUGUUCCUGUGUUUGACGGCCUUGGCGAAGCUUCACGCGUUGUCGUUCGCCUUGAAGAACGCAUCCGACAUCCCGACGGCGAAGCGGUUUCCGAAUCUGAUUCGCUUGGAUUUGGAUGACUCGACGGAGGCGAAAACCAGGACGAACGACAUGAUCAAGUGCAUCGGCGAGCUCCUUAGUGCCACUCCCGGAAAAGAGCAACAGUUUAAAAAAUUCAGGGCCUACUUUGCCAAAUACGAGCCUGCUGAAAGGAUCGCCGAGCUCGCGGACGCUGGUUCUGAGCCUAUGAAGAUGAUCUUGCAUGGUGAUUGUUGGACAAACAACAUCAUGUUCCGCUACGCGAAAAACAGCAUGGGAGAUGAGGAACCUGUUGAGGUGAAGUUCGUAGACCUGCAGGCUACGAGGUAUUCGCAUCCUGCUGUAGACUUGGCUUACUUCCUGUUCACAAGCGUACCUGAGAAGCUACGGCACGAUCGAACGAAUGAGCUCCUCUUGUGUUACUACAACAAGUUUUUCGAGUACCUGGAGGAACUGAUGGUGACGGAGAUAGCCAAGGAUAAGUACCCGUUCGAGGACUUCCGGAAAGAUUUUGCUCUGUUCGCCGAACUGGCAUUCCUGAAUUCCUGCAUCGUACUGCCUUUCAUCUUUGGUGGCAAGGAGGACGUGCCGGACAUCGAGAAGGAUUUUGCCAUCGACAGUGUCGUGACUCUGCGUCGGAGGCAGAUGCAAUCGUGUUCUGGAACUCCGUUGGCCUCAUGGAUCCUAGACCUCAUACAGAGCGUCGUGGAUCUGGAUAUUUUGUGAUCACUUCAUGCACUGAAUUCCGAGCUUCUUCGUUGCCUUGUAUAUUUGCGUCAAGAACCUGCGUUCUUUUGAAACCCGCGAUGUUUGCGUGUCGUUGUCUUCUUUCUUCACCUUUUUGUUCGGACUUCAACUGAGAAGUCGAACACGUCACAUUGAGCUGAUGCAGUUUUUGUGGAUCAAUGACGGGACCAGAAAUACUUUUUUGUUUCCGGUUGGUUUUGACAGUGGUUUUACGUGUUUGGACAUGAUGUUUCUAAUUGUAGCUUUCCUGUAACCGAAACAACUCAACGUAUUUUUUAAAAGCUUAUUUUAAACACGGCGUUGUUCUGAAUGCGGGUAAAAGAAUGAAAGAAAAGUAAAGUGAAAUUUCGAAUGCUGCAACAGGAAAUUAAUAAUCGUGUACGAAUUCCAUGGUUUCCAGUCUCUUCCAAUGCGACAAAUUCCAGGAAGAAUUUUCACCGGCU